AUGUCAACAACGACCGGAAGAUGCCUUUUGCUGCUAGAGAAAUGCAACAACAUGAAGCAACUAAAACAAGUUCAUGGUCAAGCAAUUACAUGUGGCCUAGGAGAAAAUCACUAUGCUUUGAGCAGGUUAUUGGCUUUCUGUUCACAGCCUCAUCAUCAUGGUGGCUUGUCGCAUGGCUUAAAUAUCUUACAACACACUAAACAACCCUCUAAUUGUUUAUAUAAUACCAUGAUCAAAGCUUGCUUGUUUCGAAACGAAUUGAAGAUGUCGUUUCAGUUAUACAAUCGGAUGCUUGAGAACGGUAUGUAUCCUGAUAAUUACACACUUCCUUACAUGUUGAAAGUUUGUGCAUACAUGGAAAAUUUUCGUCUUGGAGAGCUGGUUCAUGGGCAUUGUUUGAAAUUGGGGUUUUUGUUUGAUAGUUUUGUGGGAAACACCUUGAUCAUGAUGUAUUCUUUGUUUGGUAACAUGGAAGAUGCACGGUAUGUGUUUGAUGAAAUGCCAAGGCGAUGUGUUGUGUCAUGGACAGUUUUGAUAUCUGGGUAUGCUAAAAUCGGGGAUGUUGAGCUGGCUCGAGUUGCGUUUGAUGAAGCACCGAUUAAGGAUAGAGGAAUUUGGGGUUCUAUGAUUUCUGGGUAUGUGCAGAAUAAUUGUUUUAAAGAGGGUUUAGAGAUGUUUCGUUUAAUGCAAUCAACAAGCAUUGUGCCUGAUGAGGCUCUAUUCGUGAGCAUACUUGGUGCUUGUGCUCAUUUAGGAGCACUCGAGAUUGGGAUUUGGAUUCAUAAACUGCUGAAUGAGAUAAAAUUGCGUUAUAGUGUGAAAUUAGGCACUGCAUUGAUGGAUAUGUAUUGUAAAUGUGGGAAGUUGGAUGUUGCUAAGAAAGUGUUCGAUGAAAUGCCUGAAAGAGAUACCAUUUGCUGGAAUGUUAUGAUCUCGGGACUAGCAAUUCAUGGGAAAGGAUUACGCGCUCUUAGAUUGUUUUCAGAAAUGGAGGUGGCCGGAGUUCAACCGGAUGAUGUUACUUUCAUUGCUGUAUUCACCGCUUGUAGUCAUUCCGGUAUGCAACACGAAGGUUUAAAGUUUUUCAACAGAAUGUGUAAUGAAUACAAUAUCAACCCAAAAACCGAACACUACAUUUGCAUAAUCGAUCUUCUUGGCAGAGCUGGUUUAUUUAAAGAAGCGUAUGAUAUAAUCCAAAAAAUACCGAAUUCUUGUAGCCCAAAAGAAGCAGCCGUGGCAUGGCGAGCAUUACUAAGUGCUUGCCAGAGCCAUAAACAGAUAGAAUUUGCGCAAAUGGCAGCGGAGAAACUGAUGGAAUUAGAAAGCGAUAGUGGGGUUUACGUACUCAUGUCUAAUUUAUAUUCGAGUACUGAUGAUGUUGAUAGCCUGCAACGGACUAGAAAGUUGAUGAAAACCCGAGGGCUGGAUAAAGUACCUGGGUGCAGUUCUAUUGAGGUUUGUGGUGUCGUUAACGAGUUUGUUGUUGGCGAGAAAACGAAUCGUAGGAUAGAAGAGAUUCACACACUUUUGGAGAAUUUGAAUAGGCAGUUGGAUUGA